CAAGUACCAGAGGUACUUGCGGUGGCAUCUAGCGCAAACGUCAUUAGUUGAAAGUGGCACAGGCGUACCAACCAGAGGAAGUAGACUCUCCUGUUUUGUCGUAAUAGGGGUGUGGUUGUUCGGGAUCCUCGCAUCUGUCACUUAGGGUCAAGGCUUGGGGCUCGCCCCGCAGACCCUCGGGACGACCCAGCCUCAUCGCAACUAUGAACUUGGAGCGAGUGUCCAACGAGGAGAAGCUGAACCUCUGUCGGAAAUACUACCUGGGUGGGUUUGCUUUCCUACCUUUUCUCUGGUUGGUCAACAUCUUCUGGUUCUUCCGAGAAGCCUUCAUUGUCCCUGCAUACACUGAGCAAAGCCAAAUCAAAGGCUAUGUCUGGCGCUCGGCUGUGGGCUUCCUCUUCUGGGUGAUUGUACUCACCACCUGGAUCACCAUCUUCCAGAUCUACCGGCCCCGCUGGGGUGCCCUUGGAGACUACCUCUCCUUCACCAUACCCCUGGGUACCCCUUGACAACUCCUUCUGCGGUGUUCUAGGGAGCUGCUCAUUCUCCUAGGAUGGGUUCUGCUACUCCAGGCCCGCUCCCAAGCCCCUAAGACUUGUUCCCAUCUCCUUUGUUCUUUGUUGACAUGGCCCAAUAAAAGACCCUUAUCCUCCA